AUGAUGACGUCAUGUGAGUUGAACCCGGGUGAAAUCCAUGAGAUGCUUUCCCUCCUCCAGUCCGACCUCAACUUUAACUCCGGUUCAGGUUCCAGUGAUCAACCAAGGCAUGCACGGAUGAUCUCCAAUCGUGAAUCAGCCAAAAGGUCAAGGCAACGAAAGAAGAGGCAUUUGGAAGAACUAAACCACCAACUAAACCAGUUAAGACAUACAAACCGGCACCUCAAAAACCGGCUCAAUUUGCUUCAAUAUCAAUGUCCAACUAUUCUCAAAGAAAACCACCACCUAGGCUAUGAAUGCAUUCUUCUCCAGUCAAAACUAUCGGCUUUAUGUCAACUUCUAGUCAAUAUGCAUGCAGUUUCAAUGGAUGUCAAUCACCUAGCAGACUAUUGUGUAUCUGAGUUAUACGUAACUACUUUUGGGUUGUGA